AUGAGUUAAUUUUUUUGUUCUUCUUGUUUACUUAAUUUUCUACAAGAACCAACCUAUAAGGAUCAUUAUAAAACAGAUUUUCAUAGAUAUAAUAUAGCUAGAAAAAUGAUUAAUUUAGAUCCUGUCUCAUAUGAAGUUUCUAAAGAAAGUAUUUCAAUUAAAUAAUUAUAUUAGAAUUUGAUAAAAUUUCAGAGUAGAAGAUCAUAACUCCUAUUAAAUCUUAAACAUUUAAAUGUUGAAAUAAAGAGUUCAAAUGAAGUUAAACAUAUUAAGGUCAUUUGAUAUCAAAAAGCCAUUAAUUAAACUAAUUAAAAUCGCCUAUCACAGCAAAUAGAAGUUAAACAGGAAAUUCUAUAUUAAAUAGUAAUGUAUGUUUAUUUUUUGAUGAAUUAUGCGAUAAUAUUGAAGAUUGUUUAAAGUAAUCAUGGAUUUAUUAUUCGUUAAUAAAAGGAUUGUAUAAAUAUUGAGAGAUUGUUAAAAGCAUUAUCAGAACAAAUAAAUAAGAAUAAUACUUUUUUACAUUGUUUUUAAACAUUCAAAAAUAGUCAUGAUACAAAAGAUCAUAUGUUAGACAAGGGACAUUGUUUUAUGCCUUAAUAAGAAUAUAAGGUUUUAUCAAAAUAUUACAAUUUUUAAGAAAAAUUAUUAGCAAUUUUGGCAGAGUAAAAGGAAUAACAAUUAUAAAUUGAAGCUAAAAAAUAAUAAUUAUAAUUAAAAUAAGAUUAAAAAGAAGAUGAAAAUAAAAAUGAAAAGAAAAUUGAAAAUUAAGAUGAAGGAGAUUGGGAAGAUGAUGAAGAUAAAGAUAUUAAUUCAGAUGAUGAUUAUGAAGAGGAAUUAAAAUAAAAAUAAAAAUAAACUGAUGAUUUAAAAAAUGAUGAACAUAUUAAAUUAAAUUAGUAAACAUAAAGCUACAUUAACAAAAACUGGUGAAUUAUUAUUACCAGAUGGAAAAUUGUAAUCAUAUUUAAUUUAAUAUUAGAUUAGCCACAGAGAUUAUAGAAAAUAUUAUAAAUAGAAUCAUAUUCCAUUUAAAGUUUAAGAAACUGAAUAAAUUGAGAAAUGUAUAUUAUUUAUUAAUAAAUAUAGUGGAUAUUGCUGAUGAAAAAUAAUUUGCAUUAUUAAGUGAUGAACUUAUUGUUGGUUAUUUGAGACAUUUCUAUUAUCAAAAGACCAGAACAUUAACAUAUGGAUAAACAAAAAUUGGAUAAAGAAACAAUUUAAUUUAGAUGAGAUGGUUAAGAAAAUCUUGUUGA